CAUAUUGUUAUUUCAUACAAAACAAAUAACACAGUGAGAGCGGACUCUUAUUGUGAAGGGCCCGUGUUGGCGCCCCCUGCCGGCGGCUCCAUGCGGCUGCGCCUGACCGUCUUCUCCCCCCCAGCAGCAGCAGCAGCUCCGCUCCGUCUGUUCCCGGAGAGACCGCCUCCAUUUUAACACCGACACCCGGCGGAGGAGCAGCGGCUCGUAGCGGAUUCACGGCCCGGCGGAGGGACACAUUCCUGCGGCGCGGUUCUCCCACUGACCCCCGGUGACUGGCUCUAGUUCUUCGGGCCUGCCUGUCUUCUCUCUCGCAUGGCGACGCUGCGGCAGGACGCGGCCGGGGCGGCGGGGGAUCUGUGAGCAUUUAGCGGCUGGUUUUCUGCAUUCAGCGGGGACGAGGAUCUUCUGGUGGUCAGGUUCUCCGCGAGGAUGCGGCACUGAGCAUGCUCAGAGCGCUGAUCGUUACCAUGGCGAUGUACGGCGGCAGCAAGGCGUGCAGCGGGCAGGAUAACUGCUCCGCCCACAGCGAGUCCAAAGACUACUGCUACUCGGCCCGCAUCCGCAGCACGGUUCUGCAGGGGCUGCCCUUCGGAGGCGUGCCCACCGUGCUCGCUCUCGACUUCAUGUGCUUCCUGGUGCUGCUCUUCGUCUUUUCCAUUCUACGUAAGGUUGCGUGGGACUAUGGCCGCCUGGCGCUGGUCACCGACGCUGACAGCAGCUUGUUGUUCUGUUUCCAUCCUGAAGACUGAAGAAGCGCCUGAGCGACCCGGACGAGCGGGAAUAGUAUGUUGCUGCGUCCUCCAUGUUUGUGUUGCCUCGGCGAUGCACUCGGAGACGCCCGACCGCUACGAACGCCUGACCUCCGUCUCCAGCUCCGUCGACUUCGACCAGAGAGACAACGGUUUCUGCUCGUGGCUGACGGCCAUCUUCAGAAUAAAGGAUGAAGAGAUCAGGGAGAAAUGUGGCGAGGAUGCUGUUCACUACUUGUCCUUCCAGCGUCACAUCAUCGGCCUGCUGGUGGUCGUUGGCGUCCUCUCCGUCGGCAUCGUCCUUCCCGUCAACUUCUCCGGAGACCUGCUGGAAAACAACGCCUACAGCUUCGGACGAACCACGAUAGCGAACCUGAAGUCUGGGACGAACCUGCUGUGGCUUCACACAUCGUUCGCCUUCAUGUAUCUGCUGUUGACCGUCUACAGCAUGAGGAGACACACGUCCAAAAUGCACUACAAGGAGGACGACCUGGUGAAGCGCACUUUAUUCAUUAACGGCAUCUCUAAAUACGCUGAGGAGAGUCAAAUCAAACAGCACUUUGAACAGGCGUAUGAGAACUGCAAGGUGCUGGAGGCUCGGAUCUGCUACAACGUGGCCAAACUAAUGUCGCUGAACGCCGAGAGGAAGAAGACUGAGCGCAGUAAGAAGUUUUUCACAGACCUGAUGGCGAAGGAACACGUUCCCACCAUGAUCAACCCCAAACCCUGCGGACACCUCUGCUGCUGCGCCAUCACCGGCUGCGAGGAGGAGGAGGCUGUCAGCUACUACACCAAGACGGAGGCCAAGCUGAAGGAAGAGUACAGGAAGGAGAAGGAGAAGGUCCACACCAAACCGCUGGGCAUGGCCUUUGUCACCUUCCAGAACGAGUCCAUGACCGCCAUUAUUUUGAAGGACUUUAAUGCCUGUCAGGUUCAGGGAUGUCGGUGUCGUCAGGAGCCAGGAUCCUCUCAGUUCAGUGAGGCGCUGCACGUUCACAACUGGAGCGUUUCGUACGCACCCGACCCGCAGAACGUCCGAUGGGAGCACCUGUCGCUGGGGGGGAUCUCCUGGUGGAUCCGCUGCUUCAUCAUUAACAUCAUCCUCUUCCUCCUGCUCUUCUUCCUCACCACGCCCGCCAUCAUCAUCUCCACAAUGGACAAGUUCAACGUCACCAAACCUGUCGAGUAUCUCAACAACCCCAUCGUCACCCAGUUCUUCCCCACGCUGCUGCUGUGGGCUUUCUCCGCUCUGCUGCCCACCAUCGUGUACUACUCUGCCUUCUUCGAGGCUCACUGGACCAGGUCUGGAGAGAACCGGACAACGAUGCAUAAAUGUUACACCUUCCUGAUCUUCAUGGUUCUGCUGCUGCCGUCUCUCGGACUCAGCAGUCUGGAUGUUUUCUUCCGCUGGCUCUUUGAUAUGAAGUACCUCGAUGAUGCCAAAGUCAAAUUUGAGUGCGUCUUCCUGCCCGAUAACGGAGCGUUCUUCGUCAACUACGUCAUCGCCUCCGCAUUCAUCGGAAACGCCAUGGACCUGCUGAGGAUCCCCGGGCUGCUCAUGUACAUGAUCCGGCUGUGCUUGGCUCGCUCCGCCGCCGACCGCCGCAACGUCAAGAGGCAUCAAGCCUACGAGUUUCAGUUUGGCGCGGCAUACGCCUGGAUGAUGAACGUGUUCACGGUGGUGAUGGCUUACAGCAUCACCUGCCCCAUCAUCGUCCCCUUCGGUCUGAUGUACAUGCUGCUGAAACACCUGGUGGACCGUUACAACAUGUACUACGCCUACCUGCCCUCCAAACUGGACAAGAAGAUCCACUCGGGAGCCGUCACCCAGGUGGUGGCCGCGCCCAUCCUCUGCCUCUUCUGGCUGCUCUUCUUCUCUACUGUACGCACAGGUUUUGAGACGCCGACCUCCAUGUUCACUCUGGUGGUGCUGAUCGUCACCAUCGUGGUCUGUCUGUCUCACGUCUGCUUCGGACACUUCAAGUACCUCAGCGCUCACAACUACAAGAUCGACACCAAGGAGAACGAAGUGGACGUUGUCGAGAACGGACGUCCAGCUCGUCCCACAUCCUCACCCACCGCCAAAUCUCAGCAGCAGCAGCAGCAGCAGCUCCAGCAGCAGCAGCAGCAGCAACAGCAGCAGCUCCAGCAGCAGCAGCUCCAGCAGCAGCAACAGCAGCAGCAGCAUCAGCAGCAGCAGAUGUACAUCGCUCAGGUGCUCCAGGACCCCAACUCAGACGAGCCAGGCGGUGGCAGUGGCGAGGAGGACCGAGGGUCCUCUCAGGACGAGGAGUUGUUGAACGGCGUGAACAGCAUCAACGAGGCGGAUUUUCAGUCAGGGGAGGACAGUCUGAUCGCAAACGAGGUCCACCAGUAGCUGCGGGUGGAGCUAGAGGGAGGGGGCGGAGCUAGUUAACACAACAGUUAGAAAAUAAAGCUGACUGUAGAAUCUCUACACACAUAAACACACUUACAGAUAGAUUGACACAGUUAGCUCCACCCCCUCCCAGCUCGAAGACUUGACCCUGACCUUUGACGCCGGCGCCGGCUCGCCAACAUCCAGUCCUGCACGUCCGUCGCAACUUGAUGGACAUCAAACUGUUCUCCACAGGAAGUCACUGUACAUAACCACAAAGCCAAAAGUUUUUAUUUUUUGUUUGUUUUUUUCUCGGGGUUGGGGGCGGGGUUUAAAAAUUUGUGCCUGGGCUGGAUUUUGUUCGUUCGCACUCGUGUCUUGACUCCUGAUCCCACCGCAGGUCGCCGGGACUCGACCUGCCGAGGGGUCAAAGCUGAUGCUGACGCUGUCUUUUUCCUCGGCCUGGUGGACAUUUCCAAACGAACCCCUGUCGCCACCGCCGUCCUCCGACAUCGGAGUGCUAAUUAAGUCGCCAACCGCCAGCUCUCGUAGUGGUAGAAGCCUUGCUUACGCAGACGCAGUCUCCCAUCCCUCUUUCUUUUUGUGGAACCAACACAUCACCUGGAAGUUUUGGAUUUUUUGACCUGCCAAGCUGCAUGUUGUUCAGAGCGCUGUCUGGAUUAAUGACGUCGACCACCUUUUGGAUGAUGUCAUCCACCGCAGGACUGUGGUGGUCAAUGAACUCGCCAGAUUUCCCCCCCGAUCUCAGCAGCACGUCCUCCGACCUGGAGGACGAGCUACACUCUCCACUUUCCACUUCCGUUGGACUGCAACUCGACCGCCUGUAGCACCAAAUAAUGUUUUAUUUCCUGAAAAUAGAAUAAAAUUUGCACUUAAGCUCAUCCAAAAUAAACAAAAUAAUGUAAUA